UCUUGCAGGGCGCGAUGGAGAAAGGCUGAAAUCGCGUGCCUGUUUCUCGGAUCUGGCCCUGGGCUCUCGCUGUACGACUUCGUGCCAAGAAAUCCCGGGGCGCAGGGAGAGUCGGCCCUGCCCGCCAGCCCCCCAAGCCUCAGCCGGGUUCUCCCGCCCGGUCACGCCAUUCCUCCCUUUCCUUGCAGUGGGGACCUCGGCGGCGGAGCGGAGGACUCGGAGCCGCUCUCCAAGCGCCACUCGGACGGGAUCUUCACCGACAGCUACAGCCGCUACCGGAAACAAAUGGCUGUCAAGAAAUACUUGGCAGCCGUCCUGGGGAAAAGGUAUAAACAAAGGGUUAAAAACAAAGGACGCCGAAUAGCAUUUUUGUAGCGAUGAGUUUCCAGCUACCCUGUGUAUACAACCCUGACGCAAUGAAAAGUCGUUUUCCAAACUGACUGAACAGUCAUCGCUCGUGUGUUCUAUCCAAACAUGUAUUUAUGUAUGAAGUAAAGCCAUUAAAUGAAUAUUUUGAUAAUAAUAUUGUUUUUGUUUUUACAAAGCACUAGAGAAUGCACAGAUAUACUUUGUGGACCAAUUAUUGAUAUUAUCUUAUAAACAUAUUAAGAAUAUAUAUAUAUAUAUAUAUAGGUAUAAUAGAGAGCAGUUCAUAACAAAGCGUGCACAAGGAUUGAAAAUUCGCCUGAGCUGUUUAUGUUUUUAUAUAAAAUAAAUAGAAAAAAAUAGACAAUCAUUGUUUUGAAUAUUACUCCUAUUUUUGUAAACUGGAAUUAAAAGGAUAGUAUUUUUAUCCACAACAGGCCUGAAGAUGUUAAUAUUGACCAUUUGCUACUGUACAUAAACAAUGACGCCCUGCUCUAGGGAGAUUCUGAGUAGUGAUUUGAGGAAUUGCCGGAGGGCAUUCUUUCCCAGGGGCCUCUGGGGCAGGCUACUUCCAUCCCAGCCUAACCCCCUCAAGUGGGCACUGUCCCGCGGGCUGGGUGGCCGAUACUUUCGCUUUCUUUGAUUCUACUUUGAUGUGUAUUUGUCUCACUUCAGACUCUCAGCCCAGAAGGAAAUUCUAAUCAAAUAACAGCUCGGUUUAAAUUGUGCUUCUCCCCAGAAUUCAGGCCACUCCCUGGGGGAAGAGUUGAGGAACUGUACAGAGGAGGGAGGCUCGGAUAGGAAGCUCUCUUUUUUGUGUAUUUCCGGAUUCGUCCUGGAACGAACAAUCCCAAGGUUAGGGCAAUUGGAACAAAAUGAAGGACGUGGAGGUUUCUAGGAAGAGGCAGAGCUAAGGCUGAGGAGGAUGCUGGAGAGGGACAGUUUGAGACUGCUCCGCCCUCCCAGAAGGCUGGGGCAAGUCCUGUCCUCUGCAGGUCCGCUGCCGGUCUGAUUUGGGGCGUUGUGUAUUGGAAAUGGAUGCAAAGUACAAUGUGUUUUUCUCAGUGCUGUCCACGCUUCUCAUCUUGUGAAGUGGCCAGGACCCUCCCCUUUGAACCCUGCUUUGUAAAAGCUGCCUUUUUCCUUUGUGGUUUUUCUGGGGACCCCUCCUUCCUACACUCCUGCAAUGUUUGAGUAUUGUUUACCCUUUUUUUUUUUUACAUUUGCUUCUCUUAAACUUGUGAAUGCUUCUUACUUUUGGUUGUUUGAUGCAAGCAGUUAUUGUAAAAGCUUAGGAACUCCUGUGUAGCGACCACUAAGUAAUUAUGCACUAAAUAUGAACCUUUUGUUUCUUGUUUAUUGAGUUUGUAGGUAAAAUGUAUUUUUCUACAUUAUGGCUUAUUGCUUAGUAAAAUUUAUUUCAUAAAACCAAUCUUUGUCAUAAUAGAAUGUGUAGUGUUCACAUGUUGCUCAGUUUUACUGAUAAAUCAUUUAAACCUCAUCUUCAUAUGUAUGAGUACUAUCUUAUAUCUGUGAUCCAGAGCGAGGUAAGCAAGCUCCCACAACCCACCCUGGUAUCUUCUCUUGGCUAAAGAAAGCUCGUCUGUUUCCUGUCAAUUUUUUGAACAUUCAGAACAAUCUCUAUAACAAAGAACCUUCACCCAGCAACCAGAUCAAGCAGCAACAGGCAAACCAGCCAAUCUCCCAAAUUUCAGAACACAAAUUUCUGCGAAAAAAAAUUAAGCAUUUAAUGUGUAAAAGUUUAAAACACCUUUCCUUUUCCUUCAUGGAUUUGAUCAGUAUGAAGUCUUACAGGAAAGAAAACAGAACUGUAUUUGCAUUCCCAGGCGGGGUGGAUGCUGCCAGAGAUCACAUUGCAAACAGUGAGAAAAGAGGCAUUUGCUCUAUGCCUGAGUCCUGCGCACAAGAUCAGUCUUGCUUUAAUUCUUCAGUCUCCUCAGGCAAUGUGACACAGGAUGCAGUUUGCAGCUUUAGUGCCUUUCUUCGCCUUUUAAAUCGCCACGAAUCACAGAUGGCUAUUUAGUGGCCCUACAAUGCUGCAACACAUCAGCUUGCAUUUUAGUCUUAAUUAUUUGUUUCUUGGAUAAUGGGCAGAGUGUUCUGUAUUUGUGUCAGCUGUUAGUGGUGAAAUAGGGCUCUCGUUAACCUUUUAUUUAUGGAGUCUAAUUUAGUGUUCCCGUGGCUAGUUGCAAAGCAUUUUACAGUGAUCACCCAGUUUAAUCUUUUGUAUACUUUUUAGAAAUGCCAAGAGCCUUACUAAACUGGAGCAGAGUUAUGAUGUAGUGAUAAUUUAGUUAGAUGUUAGUCUUGAAGCUUUUAUUUUGUGUGCAACUGAUUAUAAAAACAUCUUAACCAAGUAUUAUUACACACAUGAUAUCUAUAACUAGGUCUUUGAUAACUG